ACCGCGUCAUUCUAUCCUUAUUGUACAUGUAAGGAGCAAUAAAGAUAGAAUGACGCGAUAGCGCUGAAUAGCGUCUCCUCGAACGCGCCUGUGACCGUAUUUUAGUGUUGGGACGAUACAAAGCCGACAGGCUACGUACUACUACCAAAACUGAAGAAAGGAAGGAAGGUAGCACGUAACCGUUUGUUCUCUCUCGUACGUUUUGUAUCUUGUAUACAAAGAAUAUGUCGAACAGACAUCUAUUCCUGAAAUCUGGAUUUCCACGUGCACCUCAUGGUCUUGGGAUCGGACGUUACGUCUGUCAACUGCAAAGGGUUACUUUGAAAUUUUGUAAGAGCCAUGGUACAAGUAUGGGAAUGAGGGGCUUCAUAGAGCAUGAUUUACUUAAUUAUGCGAAAGAAAAUCCAGGAGUAGUUGUAUAUGUUAAACCGAGAAGGCACAAGCAUCCGGUUAUAGUUGCCGAAUAUUUAAAUGGUGGUAGACAGUGGAUGAAUGUUUCCAACUACAAUCGAGAUGAUAUCAUAAAAUGGAUGGAAUUGUUGCGUACACAGAUUCAUGAUAGCGCUUCCUUAAGAUUGCGAAAGAUGUGGCACACGGAAUUUCCAUCGAUCCAAGGACCAUGGACACCAUUUAUGUUCAAAGAUCCGACAACAAAUUUGGCGCAGUUUCCAAAUAAGGAACUUGGUGCAGCUGUUAAACUAGCUCCUACUGCAACAGAACAACUCAUCGAGUUGUUCAAAGCCCAACAAUUGUUGGAUAACUCUCAAACGACCGACGGAACGGAGACCAUGAAACAUGAGUGAACAUGCUGUUGAAAUAAACCAUACGCAUGUUUCAUCGAUUCAGAAGACACACACACACAUGGCGUGUUGAAACUAGAGUCAUACAUUUCACAUAUGUAUAUAUCAUCUUUCUUUCUGUUUUGAAUGUAAUCGUGUUUGGUUUGAAAUUCCCCGAGAGAAUUUGUUUCAGUGAAAUGUAAGGUAGCGCACAGAAAUUAAUGAAUAUAUUUCGAACGUUUC